CGUAUAAUGCAGCUCCCUUGUGGUUUAAAUGCAAAGACAUAUUAAUCAAUUUUAUUGUUUACGUGUAAUUAUUAGAUGCCUGCCUUUUAAAGUCUUGCCCACGGUCCCACCGUACCCUGCUAAAUAAUGUCUUAAGUUGCUACCCGUCCGCUGGUCAGUGGGAUGGCUGGGACAGCCUGUAAAGUGAACGGAAAGAACUCAACAGCAGGCGGGGGAUUAGCUCAAAUGGUAGAGCGCUCGCUUAGCAUGCGAGAGGUAGCGGGAUCGAUGCCCGCAUCCUCCACAUGGCUUUUUACCCCAUGCUUCAGACAAUUCCUUCUCAGAGAGAUCCGCUGGAGUCGGGGGAAGGUUGUGAUAUGCAGGUAAUAGAACUUGGUAAGCAAUGAUCAGCUCUCCAGGGUUCUUUUAUUUUACAGGUGAGUUUUUUCCAACUUAUUUCUUGGUCACCUUGUCUUUUGCUCCUUCCAGUGUGCAGACCGUUAACCGCCGUCUGAGAAGACGCGGGUGGAACCCUCCCGCCGGGUCUGCCGGCCCAUCCCCCAAACGCCACUGGCUCAGGUACCGUUAGCGAGCGAGGGAACCCCUGCGUGCUGACCAAUGGCAGAGAGCCUUACUGGGCGGGUAGCCAGCUGUAUCCGCGGCCAAUAGGCGAGAGACUUCUUGUUUCCUGGUAGAGCGGGGUCCCGGCACCGCGGCGCUCGGGUUUUGUUUGGGUCCUGGGCUGAGGGCUCAGGUGCUGGGGCCCGAGGUGGCGCCGCGCUAGCGGGAGAGGGAGCGGGAUCACCGGCCCGGAGAGAGCUCUCAGGGCCAGAGUUCGGCAGGAGGAUGCUUUCCCAGCCCCACCAUGGAGCUGCGCUGUGGGGGCCUGCUGUUCAGUUCUCGCUUUGAUUCCGGGAAUCUAGCUCACGUGGAGAAGGUGGAACCUGUGUCUAAUGAGGGGGAAGGAGUACUAAGUGGGGCAUCAGCCCCCAUCAGCACCAUUGCGUCUUCCCCCGACUACGAGUUCAAUGUGUGGACCCGACCAGACUGUGCUGAAACAGAAUUUGAGAAUGGGAACAGGUCAUGGUUCUACUUCAGUGUCCGGGGAGGAAUUCCAGGGAAACUCAUUAAGAUCAACAUUAUGAACAUGAACAAGCAAAGCAAGCUGUAUUCCCAAGGCAUGGCCCCCUUUGUGCGCACACUGCCCACCAGGCCACGCUGGGAACGCAUUCGAGACCGGCCCACCUUUGAAAUGACAGAGACACAGUUUGUGUUAUCCUUUGUUCACCGUUUCGUGGAGGGCCGUGGGGCCACCACCUUCUUCGCCUUCUGCUACCCCUUCUCCUACAGUGACUGCCAAGAUUUGCUAAACCAGCUAGACCAGCGCUUUCCGGAGAACCAUUCUUCCCAUAGCAGCCCCCUGGAUACCAUCUAUUACCACCGGGAGAUACUUUGCUAUUCUCUGGAUGGACAUCGUGUUGAUCUCCUAACAAUCAGUUCUUGCCAUGGGCUUCAAGGAGAUCGAGAGCCUCGUCUAGAGCAGCUGUUUCCUGACACCAGCACCCCUCGACCAUUCCAUUUCACAGGCAAGAGGAUAUUCUUCUUAAGUAGUAGGGUACACCCUGGGGAGACUCCAUCUAGCUUUGUCUUCAAUGGCUUCCUGGACUUCAUCCUUCGACCUGAUGAUCCUCGGGCCCAGACCCUUCGUCGCUUGUUUGUCUUUAAGCUGAUUCCCAUGUUGAAUCCUGAUGGUGUGGUCCGGGGCCACUACCGCACAGACUCACGUGGAGUGAAUCUGAACCGUCAGUACCUGAAGCCUGAUGCAGUCCUGCACCCAGCCAUCUUUGGGGCUAAAGCUGUGCUUCUCUACCACCACGUGCACUCCCGUCUGAACUCCCAGUGUCCCUCUGAGCACCAGCAUAGUUCCCAUCUCCCUCCUGAUGCUCCCCUUUCUGACCUUGAGAAAGCUAACAAUCUUCAAAAUGAAGCUCACCUUGGCCACUCAUCUGAUGGGAAUGACCCUGAGACAUGGACAGAGACUGAGCUAGCAGAACAGAAGCUCAACAGUGUGUGGAUUAUGCCGCAGCAGUCUACUGAGGUCGAGCAGCCAACCCUGGACACCAUCCCUCCCAAAGAGAGUGGUGUAGCUUACUAUGUGGACCUGCAUGGACAUGCUUCCAAAAGGGGCUGCUUCAUGUAUGGAAACAGCUUUAGUGAUGAGAGCACCCAGGUGGAAAAUAUGCUGUAUCCAAAGCUCAUCUCCUUGAACUCAGCCCACUUCGACUUCCAGGGCUGCAAUUUCUCAGAGAAAAACAUGUAUGCCCGAGACCGCAGAGAUGGCCAGUCUAAGGAGGGAAGCGGCCGGGUUGCAAUCUACAAAGCCUCAGGGAUAAUCCACAGCUACACACUUGAAUGCAACUACAACACUGGGCGCUCAGUAAACAGCAUCCCUGCUGCCUGCCAUGACAACGGCCGUGCCAGCCCGCCUCCCCCACCAGCUUUUCCCUCCAGAUAUACUGUGGAACUGUUUGAACAGGUGGGACGAGCUAUGGCCAUUGCAGCUCUGGACAUGGCAGAAUGCAACCCAUGGCCCCGAAUUGUCCUGUCAGAACACAGCAGCCUCACAAACCUCCGAGCCUGGAUGCUAAAACAUGUGCGCAGCAGCCGAGGCCUGAGCAGCACUGUGAAUGUGGGUGUCAGCAAGAAGAGAGGCUCUCCAACUCCACCCAAAAGUAACAAUGGAUUGCCUGUUUCCUGCUCUGAAAAUGCCUUGAGCCGAGCACGAAGUUUCAGCACUGGCACAAGUGCUGGUGGUAGUAGCAGCAGCCAGCAGAAUUCUCCCCAGAUGAAGAGCUCCCCCAGCUUCCCUUUCCAUGGCAGUCGGCCUGAGGGGCUGCCAGGCCUGAGCUCUAGCACCCAGAAGGUCAGCCACCGGGUGCUGGGCCCUGUCAGAGACACACAUGGCUGUCAUGGGCAAGCUCCAUGGAGAUGUCCUGCAGGCAGAAAAGGGCCAAACAGUAGAAAAGGUGACAUCAGACUUGGAUCUAGGAGUCAUCCACAUACAGAGCCCCGAAGCCAGGACAGGAGACGGCGGCAGCAGCCACUGACCCAUCACCCUGCUUCAAGCCGCCUGGUCCCAGCCCCCACUCCUGCUAGUUCUCACCCAGCCUCCUCAUGCAACAUGGGCUCCUGCCUACUGCCCAGUGCACUCAGCUUAUCAGGGAGUAGCUGCUCACUCCUGUCCUCAGGGGACAAACCAGAGUCUGUCAUAGUGAUUGGGAAAGGUCUGCUAGGGACUGGACCUCAGGUCCCUUGUAACAGGACCCGAUUGCAGACCUGCCCGAGGAGAACUCCUGCCAGGAGGGGUCCCGGAUUCCCCAGGCUGCCUCAGGCCAGGCCCCCACGGCCCCGAUCUGCCCCUGCCGUUUCUAUUUCCUGUAGUCUGUCUGACUCUCACACCCGGAUUUGUUACAGCGGGGGGCCCUUGGGCCAACCUGAGCCGCUGAUUCCUUGUGACAACCAUAAUUCCAGCCACACUGUUCUGAGGCAUCAUAGAGCAUCACCUUGAGACAGGACAAAGCAGAGACCUGCCUCCCCAUCCUUCAACAGCACAAGAUUUGGGGACCACAAAAAAAUAUAUAUUUUUUUAUAUUGGGGGGAGGGAGUAGGAAAGAAAGCAGCCCCUAUACUGGGCCCUAUCCAGUGGCAGCUUCUUGUUCCAUAGGAUUAAGAAAGACUUUGAGGAAAUAAAAGUUGUUUGGAAAAAUCCAGGUGUAGUUGCUUUGUAUGUUGUGAUGGGUAGAAGGGAUGAAGUAAAGUGUGAAGGCCCCUCACA